AUGCUAUUAAAAGUGUUUGAGUUUAUCAAAGGUAAUGGUGGGGCCGGAAGCAUUAAGCAGAUUAACUUUGCAAGAGGUUAUGUGAAGCAUCAAAUAGAUGAAGUCAAUGAAAAGACAUUCACAUACAAGUGUAGUUUGAUUGAAGGUAUGGGUAUAUCAUACAAGUAUCUUGUCAAGGUGUCGUAUGAUAUUAAGUUUGAGGGUUCUCCUGAUAAUGGCACCAUUGCAAAAAAAUGA